AUGCAAAGAAGUCGUGAAAGAUCAUAUCAGAAGCAAAUGGGUUUGAAAGCGGCGCGUGAAAAAAAUGAACGUGAAUUGAAUAUGAAAACGAAAGAUAUCACUAGAAAGUAUAAACAAUAUUUACAAAAAAAGGUCAAAUUGCAGAAAAAUCAGAUGUCUUCAAACUUUAAUUUACAUUCAACACCAAACAGUUGUUUUCCAGAUGAAGGAGGAGUUCACGAAGAAGGAUCGUUUGACAGAAAUGUUGUUUUAGAACAUCAGAUGGUUGAGCUUCCUGAAUCGAAGGAAGUAAACAAUGAAUCGCUUCAAGACAAUUUCGAUAGAAAUAAUUCUGGGUCACCAAUCAAGGAAACAAAACAGUCAUCCAUUCGGGUAAAGCAAUAUCGUGAAACAGCAGGUGGUGUCGAUGAAUCAAUGAAGUAUGCAAGACAUGAGUAG